AUGUACUACCCACCGUCCUUCUCGCCGGCGCUCGCGGCGGCGGUCGUCGCUGCUCUUUCCUUCGCGCAGCACCUCCAAGCAGCCGGCAUCACCAACGACUCGAACAUCGUCGCGGGCAAGACCUUCGACUACGUCGUCGUCGGCGCCGGCACUGCGGGAACGACUGUCGCGGCGCGUCUGGCGGAAGACCCGACGCUCGAGAUCUUGGUCAUCGAACCCGGAGGCGACGACCGGACGAACCCCGAGAUCUAUGACAUUUACCAGUACCAGGCCGCAUUCCAGGGUCCCUUCGACUGGGCGUGGCGGACGGAUCAGGGCAAGCUCAUUCAUGGUGGAAGAACUCUUGGUGGAAGCUCAUCCAUCAACGCCGCUUAUUGGACGACGGGAACGGAGGCUCAGUACGACAUGUGGUCAGAUCUGCUCGAGCCGGACGAGGUGUCUGUUGGCUGGAACUGGGCAAACGUCUCCGCGUACAUGAAAAAGGCGGAAGGCUUUUCUCCUCCAAACGCACAGCAGCGCGCGAAGGGCGCCGCUUCCGUCGCGGCCUUUCAUGGGACGAACGGGCCUGUCCAGGCAACCUUCCCAGACGCAAUGUAUGGCGGUCCCGAAAACCCGGCAUUCAUCUCAGCCGUGAUGAACUUGACGGGCACGCCAUAUUGCGAAGACUUCAGUAGCGGAGCGCCGACCUGCGUUUCUCUAACGCCUCAGAGCAUAGACUGGCACAGAGAUGAUCAUCGCUCGUCCUCGAUCGAGGCGUACUACACUCCCGUUGAAGAUAGGCGCGAUGGGCUGACGUUCCUGAUACAUCAUCUGGUCACCAAGGUGCUGUUUGAUGGCACCAACGGUUCCGUCACCGCCUCCGGAGUUCAGUUUGCAAGCGCGGAUGGCUCAGGAAGCCGGCUGAGCGUGUUUGCUCGCAAGGAGGUGAUACUCUCUGCAGGCGCGAUCCAUACUCCAGCUGUCCUGCAGCUUUCCGGCAUCGGAGACCCCGGCCUUCUCGUCCCGCUCGGUAUCACCCCUCUCGUGAAUCUGACUGCCGUCGGCAAGAACUUCCAAGAGCAGACGCUGAACGUCGUCGGCGGCCCAAUGAACGGCUUCGACGUGGGUGGACGGGGCCCAAUUGACGCCAUCGCCUUCCCCAGCGUGCGCGAGUUAUUUGGGGUCAAUGCGGACGACGCGAUUGCAAAGCUACAGGAGUCGCUCCCGUUCUUUGCACGAACUCAAGCGCACAACGCCUUUUCUGUUGAAGCGCUACGGACGAUAUUCGAGCUUCAAGCCAAGACUCUCAUCGACGACAAUGCGCCCGUUGCGGAACUCAUUUUUGGUCCAGGAAACCCACGAGCGAACGAUCUUGGAAUCGUCACGUGGAACCUCAUUCCAUUCAGCAGAGGAAAUGUUACGAUUGCAUCGAAUGACCCAUUCCAGAAGCCCAUCGUCAACGUCAACUACUUCGACGUUCCCUGGGAUCUCGACGUCCAAGUCGCCUCCGCGCGGAUGUGUCGCCUCUUGCUCAACAGCCCCCCUCUCGCCGCCCUCCGCAACACCUCCGGCGAGUCCGCGCCCGGACUGACCGCCGUCCCUGACCCGACGGGCGACGGCGGCGCGUCCGCAGACUGGGCCGCGUGGAUCACCCAGUCCGGCGCCGGCUUCCUAGCAAACUCGCACCCGAUCGCGACAGCGGCGAUGAUGCGGCGCGCGCUCGGCGGGAUCGUCGACGCGCGCCUGAGGGUGUAUGGGACCGAGCGACUGCGGGUCGUGGACGCAUCGGUGCUGCCGGUGCAGCUGAGCGCGCACUUGUCGCGGACGGUGUACGGCGUGGCUGAGAAAGCAGCGGACCUGAUCAAGGAGGACUGGUGA